AUGGGCUUUAUGGACGAUGACUGGUUCAUUUACCGAUACGAUCCCAGCAUUCCACCUCUGCUGAACAGAAAAAACAGUGAGUUACGUCGAGACACCUACAGAUGGUGGAGGGGUCUACAACCAUCAAUGUUCAGAGUCAACUACACGAAGGUGGUGGAUCAGAUGUUUUCUCUCUUCCCUGACGAAGAUCACUACUCAGACGCCGGUCCAGAUCGCUGCAGAACCUGUGCUGUGGUGGGAAACUCUGCAAACCUUCUGGGAUCCCAUUAUGGGUCUCUCAUAGAUUUCCAUGAUGUUGUGAUCAGGAUAAAUAAAGGCCCGACAAAAGGUUACGAGAGGGAUGUGGGCUCUAAGACGACUCACCGGAUUCUGUAUCCCGAAAGCGCCAUGGACUUAGACAACUCCACCCAUCUGGUGCUUUUUCCCUUUAAGAUUCGCGACAUGCAAUGGCUUAUAAGUACCUUCACCACAAGACACAUCACACGCACCUACACACGAGUCAAACCUUCAAUCAAAGCAGAUGAGAACAAAGUGAUGGUCCUCCACCCUGCUUUCAUAAAAUACGUCUAUGAGAAAUGGCUUCUGAAACAUGGCAGAUAUCCAUCUACUGGCUUCAUUACAAUAAUAUUUGCCUUGCAUAUCUGUGAUCAGGUGAAUGUCUUUGGGUUUGGGGCUUCAAGUACUGGAACCUGGCAUCAUUACUUUGACAGAACUCGCACUCACUUUAAAGGCGGCCCUCAUGGUGGAGACUUUGAAAACAAAACAAUGCAUCAACUUCAGCAGAGAAACAAGAUUUCAGUAUAUAAAGGGUAUAGAUAAAAAAG